AGGCUCUCUCCAUAUAACUUACGAGUGCAGGCAGAAAAAUUCUAAAAGAGAGAAGAGACAACAACUUGUGGUGGUGGACUAACUUUGAAAACCUAAACUAAACAGCUCAGAAAAUGUGUAAGGGAUUAGCUGCCCUGCCCCAGACAUGUCUGGAAAGGGCUAAGGAGAUCAAGACUAAAUUGGGAACUUUGCUUCAGAAGCCAGAGAACUCCAUCGACCUUGUCAUCCCCUACCAAGAAAAGCCUGAGAAGAAACCAGAGAAGCUUCAGAAACCUACACCUGAAGAGGCAGCUCAAUGGCGUGAGUCCCUUGAUAAGGUCCUCUCCAACAGCUAUGGCCUGGCCACCUUCGAGAGCUUCCUGAGAUCUGAGUUCAGUCAGGAAAACAUUGAGUUCUGGGAGGCUUGUGAGGACUUUAAGAAGACUAAGUCCAUGCUGAAAAUGGCCACUAAAGCCAAGAAGAUUUAUGAGGACUUCAUUCAGACUGGUGGGCCCAAAGAGGUAAACAUUGACCACUUCACCAAAGACUUAACACUGAGGAACCUGGUGGAUCUUUCUCCUGCUACUUUUGAGCUGGCUCAGAGCCGGAUCUACACCCUGAUGGAGAAUGACUCCUUUGGUCGGUUCCUGAGGUCUGAACAGUAUCAGGAACUUAUCAAGUAAACUGUCUUAACCAGCUGCAGUGGGGUGGGUGGUAAACACAAGAAAUAGUUAAAAAUCAGUGCCACGUAAUUGUCUCAUAUGAACUUUAUUAUAACCUUUUUAAAUUCAUGUCAUGCAAAACACUACUUUUAUUUUUACUAAAGUCAUUAAUCAUUAAUGGGAAUGGGAUAUGGGAAAGAAACAUUGCCGUUUGUUUCUUGGAAAUCUCUGUUUUAAUAUUAAAUUCCCUAAAUGGUAAACAAAGGAAAACAUGGAGAAACAACACACUUAGUAUAGGAAGCUUCAUUUUAAGUCAAUGUAGAGAAAACAAGUGACAUGCUAAGAUGCACUGCAGUCUCUAGGCACUUGUUGGAUUAUUACUGCUAUUAAAAGUUGCUAAAAUGGGAAUAUCAAGUAGGAGGGAAUCUCUAUAAAGCACUGGGCACAGUAUCUUUUUAUUCCAAUGUCAGUGUUCAUUCCCAUCCCAGUUGAAAAUCAGAUCUUGGAAACCAGAAACAUUCAAAAACCACCAAAGGUUUUAGCAGAAUACGUCCUUAAAACUAGUCUUAAAUAAGAAUGAUCAAACUUACAGCAAAUUGUUAUACAACUAUUACAUCUACAGUAUGUACUGUUGUUACAUCCUAUAUAAUUAUUAAAACUUCCUUUGCCCUUAGCAUGUGCAACUAUUAUAGUGCAAUCAUAUAUUUUAAGAAGUAUGCAAGAUAUUACAAUGUGAAAGGUAUAUUAAACACCAAAAUGUAACACAAGUGUGAUAUUCAGUAUACUUUUGCUAUUUUAUUUUUAAUGAUUUAAUGUGUUUUACCAGACACAAAGACUCCUGCAUGUUUUUAUCUUUAGUAUACUAUUGUGUUGCUGUGUAACUAUAUAAUAAGUUCAUUCAUAUUCAUUUAUACAUGAGCACUGAUAAGCAGGUGCUUCCAAAAGUCCUGACUGAUGCCCCACAAAGGCAAUUUUUACUUUAGUUCACUGCAGGUCAGUAUAAGUCUAAUAUGGGUAUCAUUGAUUGAACUUUACCAACAAAACAAGCCAACAAUAAAGUGAUUCAGACCAAGAAGAAUUGAAUUCAUUGAAUAUGAAUGAAUUUGAUCUUAUUACAAUUUUAUUAGGAGUAUACCAUAUUAACGACUUUGUUAUUAUUAAUAAAAAUAAUUAUAAACCAUAUUACCAUACUGUAUAGUUUUUAGAUUAUUAAUUUGGUAAAGCUUUAAGCAUAAAGCAUAAAAUUGCAUAAAAAUUAGGUAACUGCUGUUUUUUUUUUUCAGAUUCUUCUACAAGAAAUCUGCUUAAAACUGUAUGCAUGUAUGUUUGUAGUUCAUUUGUAGAUCAUAUAAAAUCACUAAUCACAUUAAAGUUCUGAAGAUGUAUUUCUUUUUCAUAUAUACAUAUCGCCUGUUUGCAACAAUUGAUUUUCAUUUAUUCAAGAAAGCUUAUUUGAGUGUUUAAUCCUCAAGUUGAAUAGUUCAAAGUUAAUAUAUAGAGAUUGUCCUUAUUGAUGAAAAACAUCAAGGCCUGAACUUGUUUCUUUGUUCAGCAAGGCUAGUAAUUGAGCAAAGGUAAUUUCAACACUUUAAAGUCUAACUCAAUAGCUUUGUAUUUACUUUGUUGUUCUCUUCUAAAUGACAAAAGUUAUAAAUCAUCAUGAAAGUGGUCAAAUUUGCUUGAUGACACUACAUUUUGACAAGCGAACAGGUGAACAGUUGUCUGAAUCUUUAAAAUGCCAAAUUUAAAUAAUAAUGCAUCUGCUUCCUGACAUUUCCUGAGCCACAAGCUGUUUCCUUCUGUCUUUUCAUUUAGCCACUUGAUCAGAUGGUUUUGAGGUGAUUGAGUAUCAGUGUGGAGACUAGAAAGAUAUAUGAAGAAAAAGAUAUACGUUGGCAAGCAAAUUAUCUGAACCCGUUGGGUUUUCUGUAUUAAUUGGUCAUAAAAUGUGAUCUCAUCCGUAUCAAAGUCACAAGUAUAGACAAACACAAUGUGCUUAAGCUAAAAACACACAAACAAUUAUCAUCUUUAAUGUCUUUACUGAACACAUCUCAUUAAACAUUAACAUUUUCCCUCGAUAAUGACAAGUAGUCCGGGUCCCGAAGCAGCAAAGCAAACCCAAAUCAUGAUGCUACCUCCACCAUACUACACCAUUUGGAUGAUGCUUUCAUGCUUGUAUGCUGUGCCCUUUUUAUGCCAUAUAUAGUGCUGCCUGUUCUUCCCAAACAAUUCAAACUUCAUCAGUCUACAAAACCAGUAGCAUUGUGGAGUGUCAAGGUGGUCUUUGGCAAACUUCAGUUGCACAGCAAUGUUUUUGAUGGAAAGCAGUGGCUUCCUUCGUGGUGUCCUGCCAUGGACACUAUGCUUGUUUAAUGUUAUCUGUAAAGUAGACUCAUGAACAGAGAUUUCAACCAGAUCUAAUUAUUCCUUAGAGUCUCUAGCUUUCCCUCUAUGGUUCUGUACCUGUACUCUGCACAAUGACAAUAAAGUUGAAUCUUAAUCUAAA